AUGGCUCAGCGCCAGGUCCCAUUGCACGUCACGCAGCCGACGCUGCUCACGAACCUGAACAUUCUCCCGGCAUCGAUAUCGUGGCAGAACUGUACUCUCGAGUCCGACAAGUACGUUUGCGUGCGCCAGGUCAACAACGACGCCAACACCCCCGCCGAGACCGUCAUCAUCGAUCUGAAGAACACAAACAAUGUCAUCCGCAGACCGAUUCGCGCAGACAGUGCGAUUAUGCACUUGACUGAGCCCAUCAUUGCUCUCAAGGCGCAAGGCCGCACGCUGCAGCUCUUCAACCUCGAGACAAAAGAGCGCCUGCAGACAUACAGCCAUCAGGAGGACAUUGUGUUCUGGAGGUGGAUCAGCCAGACUACGCUCGCGCUGGUCAGCUCGAAGGCUGUGUACCACUGGGACGUGCUGGAGUCGAAGACAUCUACACCACGCAAGAUCUUCGACCGCCAGGAGCAGCUCGAGGGCAACCAAAUCAUCAACUACGUAACAAACGAUGACGAGAGCUGGUCUUGUUUGGUUGGCAUUGCGGCGGGUCCCAAUGGAGGCAUCCGUGGCAACAUGCAGCUGUUUUCCAAAGCAAGGAAUGUUAGCCAGCCUCUCGAAGGUCACGCAGCCACCUUUGGCACACUCCGUCUCGAUGGCGCGACAACCGACACCAAGCUCUUCGCGUUCGCUGUAAAGUCGUCCUCCGGCGAGGCUAAGAUAAACAUCGUCGAAGUCGACCACGCCGCCUCAAACCCCGCUUUCCCCAAACGACUGAUCCCGAUUCACUGGCCUGCUGAGGGUACUGGUGAUUUCCCGCUCGGCAUCCACAUCGCGCACAAGUACGGUAUCUUAAUCGUAAUUACCAAGUUCGGUUUCAUCCACCUACACGACCUCGAGACCGGUACCGCUUUGUUCUUGAACAGGAUCUCGGAAGAGACAGUUUUCACCACGGCCCGCGACGAUGAGGGCACCGGUGUGGUUGUGAUUAACAAGCGGGGACAGGUCUUACACACAACUAUCCGUGAGGACACGUUGAUUCCUUACAUCAUGGAGAACCCGGCGUGUGCGGAGAUUGCCUACAAGCUCGCAUCUAAGGGUGGUCUUCCUGGAGCUGAUCAGUUGUACAACCAGCGGUUCGAGCAGUUGAUGAACCAGGGCAACUUUGCUGAGGCGGCCAAGGUGGCUGCCAGCUCACCUCGCGGCUUCCUUCGCACAAUGAACACCAUCAACCGUUUGCGAUCGGUUCCCCAGCAGCCAGGCCAGAUCACUGUCCUCCUGCAGUACUUUGGUCAACUGCUUGACAAGGGCGGCCUGAACCGGGAGGAGACACUGGAGCUAGCGCGUCCUGUGUUUGCGCAGGGCCGCAAGCACCUCAUCGAGAAAUGGCAAAAGGAAGGCAAGCUUCACUGCUCUGAAGAGCUUGGUGAUCUCGCCAAGCCCCACGACCUGAACCUCGCGCUGGCAAUCUACAAGGAGGCCAACGUCCCUCAGAAGGUCGUAGCUGCUCUAGCCGAGCUUGGCCAUUACGACAUGAUCGUUCAGUACUGCAACUCUGUUGGUUAUACCGCUGAUUACAACGUCCUCCUGCAGCAUGUCAUCCGAAGUAACCCAGAGAAGGGCAGUGAGUUCGCUAUUCAGCUCGCGAAGAACGAAGGCGGCCCACUCAUUAGCACUGACCGCGUUGUGGACAUCUUCCAGUCCCAAGGCAUGAUUCAACAGGCCACUGCCUUCCUCCUGGAUGUUCUUUCUAACGAUCGUGAGGAGGAGGGUCACCUGCAGACCAAGCUGCUUGAGAUGAAUCUGCUCAACGCUCCCCAAGUUGCUGAUGCCAUUCUCGGAAACGAGAUGUUCCACCACUACGACAAGGCCCGCAUCGCCUCCCUUUGCGAGAACGCUGGUCUGCUUAUGCGCGCAUUGGAGCACAACGAUGACCCUGCAACUGUCAAGCGCAUCAUCGUUCAGACCGACAAGCUGCCCGAGGAGUGGUUGAUCAACUACUUCGGCCAGCUCACAGUCGAGCUCUCACUAGAGUGUCUUGACGCCAUGUUGACUACCAACAUCCGACAGAACCUGCAAGCUGUCAUUCGCAUUGCCCAGAAGUACUCGGACUUGCUCGGUGCCACCCGCAUCAUCGAUCUCCUUGAGAAGCACCGCACAGCCGAGGGUCUGUACUUCUUCCUAGGCUCCAUCGUCAACGUCAGCGAGGACCCGGACGUCCAUUUCAAGUACAUUGAGGCCGCGACAACCAUGGGCCAGCUGAACGAAGUUGAGCGUAUCUGUCGUGAGAGCAACUACCUCAACCCUGAAAAGGUUAAGAACUUCCUGAAGGAAGCCAAUCUGACCGAGCAGCUGCCUCUCAUCAUCAUUUGCGAUCGCUUCAACUUCAUCCAUGACUUGGUUCUGUACUUGUACAAGAAGCAGCAGUUCAAGUCUAUCGAGGUUUACGUGCAGCGCGUCAACCCCGCCAGAACUCCUCAGGUCAUUGGAGGUCUGCUCGAUGUCGACUGCGACGAGAGCAUCAUCAAGGGCCUCUUGGCUUCGGUCACACCCUCCUCAAUCCCUAUUGACGAGCUUGUGUCUGAAGUCGAGUCGCGCAACCGCCUCAAGCUUCUUUUGCCCUUCUUGGAGCAGACCUUGGCUGCUGGCAACCAGCAACAGGCUGUUUACAACGCCCUGGCUAAGAUCUACAUUGAUUCUAACAACAACCCGGAGAAGUUUUUGAGGGAGAACGACCAGUAUGACACCCUUACCGUCGGUAAAUACUGCGAGAAGCGCGACCCGAAUCUUGCGGUCAUCUGUUACUCCAAGGGUCAGAACGACCUGGAACUUGUCAAUAUUACGAACGAGAACGCUAUGUUCAAGGCUCAAGCUCGCUACCUGCUCGAGCGAGCUGACUCGGAAAUCUGGGACUUUGUCCUGAACGACAACAACAUGCAUCGCCGAUCCUUGGUCGAUCAAGUCACCUCUGUAGCCGUUCCUGAAUCAACCGAUCCCGACCGCGUAUCAGUCGCAGUCAAGGCGCUUAUCACCAACGAUAUGCCAGCUGAGCUCAUCGAUCUGCUCGAGAAGAUUCUCCUCGAGCCUACCACGUUCAGCGACAACCCGUCCCUGCAGAACCUCCUCAUGCUCACAGCAGCCAAGUCCGACCGUGGCCGUGUUGCCAACUACAUCCAGCAACUUGAGAACUACACUCCUGAGGACAUUGCUCAGCAGUGCAUCGAGGUUGGCAUGUAUGAUGAGGCCUUCGAGAUCUUCAAGAAGCACGGUCAGCAUGUCGAUGCCGUCAACGUCUUGGUCGAUCACAUUGUCAGCAUCGAUCGUGCUCAAGACUAUGCAGACCGAGUGGACGCACCAGAAGUCUGGAGCAGAGUCGCCAAGGCUCAGCUGGACGGUCUUCGUGUCACUGACUCGAUCGAGUCCUACAUCCGCGCUGGAGACGCUUCGAACUUCCUCGAGGUCAUCGAGGUUGCCACUCACGCAGGCAAGGACGAGGAUCUUAUCAAGUUCUUGAAGAUGGCCCGCAAGACCCAGCGUGAAGUCCCGAUCGAUACUGCUCUGGCCUUUAGUUUUGCUCGUACCAACCAGCUGCCAGAGCUAGAGGAGUUCCUACGUGGAACCAACGUAGCAGAUGUUGAAGCAUCUGGAGACAAGGCUUAUGAGGAGGGCUACCACGAGGCAGCCAAGAUAUUCUUCACCAGCAUUUCGAACUGGGCCAAGCUUGCCACCACUCUUGUACACCUCGAGGACUAUCAGGCUGCCGUUGAAUGCGCUAGAAAAGCCAAUUCGGUCAAGGUGUGGAGGCAAGUCAAUGAGGCCUGUGUCGCUAAGAAGGAGUUCCGCCUUGCUCAGAUCUGUGGUCUCAACCUCAUUGUUCACGCUGAGGAGCUUUCCGAGCUUGUCAAGCAGUAUGAGCGCGACGGCUACUUCGACGAGCUUAUUAGUCUUCUCGAGGCUGGACUCGGUCUAGAGCGAGCACAUAUGGGUAUUUUCACCGAGUUGGGCAUUGCUCUCGCCAAGUACCACCCAGAGCGUGUUAUGGAACAUCUUCGCCUCUUCUGGUCUCGCAUUAAUAUCCCCAAGGCGAUCCGUGCUACCGAGGAAGCUCAUUUGUGGCCUGAGCUGAUCUUCCUGUACGUCCACUAUGACGAGUGGGAUAAUGCAGCAUUGGCAAUGAUGGAGCGUGCAUCUGAUGCUUGGGAACACCAAGCUUUCAAGGACACCAUCACGAAGGUUUCCAACGUUGAGAUCUACUACCGCGCAUUAGGCUUCUACUUGGAAGAGCAGCCAACCUUGUUGACCGACCUCCUGCAAGCACUGGCUCCCAGGAUUGACGUCAACCGUGUGGUCCGUAUGUUCCUCAAGUCUGACAACAUCCCGCUCGUCAAGCCGUUCCUCCUCAAUGUCCAGUCCCAGAACAAGCGUGAGGUCAACAACGCCCUUAAUGACCUUCUGAUUGAGGAAGAAGACUACAAGACAUUGCGCGACUCGGUCAACAGCUACGACAACUACGAUCCUGUUGAUCUUGCUCAGCGUCUUGAGAAGCACGAGCUCGUCUUCUUCCGCCAGAUUGCGGCCGAUAUCUACCGCAAGAACAAGCGAUGGGACAAGUCGAUUGCGUUGUCGAAACAGGACAAGCUGUUCAAGGAUGCUAUCGAGACGGCGGCGAUCUCGAGCAAGUCCGAGAUUGUGGAAGACCUGCUUCGCUACUUCGUUGAUAUCGGAAGCCGGGAGUGCUACGUUGGUAUGCUCUACGCUUGUUACGAUCUCAUCCGUCCUGAUGUCAUCUUGGAGAUAUCAUGGCGCAAUGGACUCCACGACUUCACGAUGCCGUAUAUGAUCAACCUCUUGUCUCGCCAGACUGCGGCUAUUGAGUUGCUUACGAAGGACAACGAGGAGCGCAAGGCUCGCGAGACAUCACAGCAAAAGAAGGAGGACGAUACACCGAUCCUCGGUUCGAGGCUUAUGCUGACGCAAGGCCCGAUUGCUUCGGCACCGUCACCAGGUCCUUACCAGAUGUCGAAUGGGAUCGCUCCCCAGCCGACGGGUUACCGGGGCUUUUAG